AUGGAAGUGGUGGGUGCGGUUGUUGGUGAAGUGGUGAUAGCAACUGGCCGGGUUCUGUGUUGCUCUAUCUAUUCCAAGAUGGAGAACACUGUCAAAUUCCAAUCAAAUCUCGAUGUUUUGAAAAAGGAGAUGGAACUCCUCCUUGCUCUAAGAGAUGGAAUAAAAAAUGAAACGGAAUUAGCCGAGCAAGAAGAAAAAGUAGUGAGAAGUCAAGUCAUAGAGUGGCUUAAGGAGGUUGAAGAGCUGCAGCUUAAAGUCAACCAGAUUCAAGCAGUAAGGCUGUCUCAACUGUCCUUAAAUUGCAGUAAACGGUAUAGAAUAAGCAAGGAAGCGAUAGAGAAGCUCAAAGAUAUACAUGGGCUCCUAGAAGCUGGGAGGUCACAUUCCGGUGCUGUGGCUGUCAAUCAUCGAAUGCCCAGAGCGGUGGAGCGCAUUCCUGGACCAACAAUUCAAGAUCAAACAACACCAUCAAAGACUUUGGCUGAAAUUAUGGCUUUAUUGUCUGAUGAUGAAGUCCAAAGGAUCGGUAUUUGGGGAAUGGGAGGGGUAGGCAAGACUACCUUGGUGAGAAACUUGAACAAUAAGCUCAAGGGUACUUCAGUGCAACCUUUUGGCAUCGUCAUAUGGGUUACUAUAUCCCGUAAUUUGGACAUAAAAAAUGUCCAGAAACAAAUAGCUGAGAGAUUGAAUUUGCCACCAAUAAUGGGAGAAAGUAUGGAGAGAUUGACUAAUCGACUUUAUGAAAAACUUGAGAAGGUGGAAAAAUUUAUGAUCAUUCUAGAUGAUGUAUGGGAGAAAAUUGAUUUGGACUAUUUGGGUGUCCCACGGCACGAAGAUAACAAGGGUUCUAAGAUCAUAUUGACAACUCGAUCUUUCGACGUUUGUAGGCAUAUGAUGACCGAUAGACAAGUUAAAGUGGCUGUUUUAAAUGAUGAUGAAUCUUGGCAAUUGUUUAGUAGAAAUGCAGGUAAUGUGGCCAGUUUGGAACACAUUUCACCAUUUGCAAAAGCAAUUGCUAGAGAAUGUUGCGGAUUGCCUUUGGCCCUCGUCACGAUGGGAGCUGCUAUGAGAGAAAAGACAAAGGUUGAACUGUGGAAGCAUGCAUUAAAUGAAUUGCAGAGAUCAGUUUCUUGUCCACCACACAUUGAGGAUAAGAUCUAUAAGCCAUUGAAGUGGAGUUAUGACUCAUUAGAAGGUGAAAAAAUAAAAUAUUGUUUUCUGUACUGCUCUUUGUUUCCCGAAGACUUCUCAAUUGAAAUAAGUGAACUCGCACAGUGCUGGCUGGCAGAAGGGUUGCUAAAUGAGAAAGAAAAUUAUGAGGAUUCAUUCAAUAGAGUCAUUAAUUUGAUUGAAAUUUUGAAGGAUUCUUGUUUGUUGGAAAAUGGUGCUCAUAUGGACACUGUAAAGAUGCAUGACGUUAUUCGCGAUGUUGCUAUAUGGAUUGCAUCAUUGUUAGAGGAUGGAUGUAAAUCCUUUGUUUGUUCAGGGUCUGGCUUGAGUGAAAUGUCAGUUGUCGAGUUAUCAAAUUCUUUUAAAAGAGUUUCGUUCAUGAAUAACAAGAUAAUAAGGCUGCCUGAUUGUGUGGUACAAUGUUCAAAGGCUUCCACGUUGCUACUACAAGGUAAUGUUCCCCUUGAUAGGGUUCCCGAGAGAUUUCUACAAGGAUUUGAAGCACUCAGGAUCUUGAAUAUGAGUGGAACUAACAUUCAUUCAUUGCCACUUUCUGUACUUCAACUUGGUGAACUCCGAACUCUUCUUUUACGGGAUUGCCGCAAUCUUAAAGAAUUACCCCCACUAGAAAAGCUUAGUAGACUUCAAGUGCUUGACCUCUCUGCCACUGGUAUUAGAGAAUUGCCAAGAGGGAUGGAAAACUUGAGCAACUUGAAGCAACUAAACCUGUCCCGAAAUAUCCACCUAACAUCCAUUCAAGCUGGAAUUAUAUAUCGGUUGUCUUGUUUAGAGGUUCUGAUUAUGACACCAAGUGCUUAUCAAUUCAGUGUGAAGAGAAAUGUACAAGAGGCAAUGGCAUGUCUUGAAGAGCUAAAAUGCCUUGAGCGAUUACUUGUCCUCUACAUCAGAUUGGAGAGAAUCCCAUAUUUCAGCUAUGAAGAUCUUUUAUGGAUGGAUAGAUUAAGACAAUUCUACUUUUCCAUCGGCCCAACGGAGAAAAACUUAGCAACUAGACAUGAAAAAAGGGUGGGGGAUUUCCUUCCAAAUAGACGUGAAAAAAGGGUGGGGAAUUUCUUUCCAACUAGACAUGAAGAAAAGGUGGUGUAUAUCAGGCAUCUUGAUCUUCGUUCAGAAGAACUGAUUGGGCCAUUGUUGAGUACUGCAAAUUAUCUCAUCUUAGGUCAUUGUUUGGGACUGAGUGAUAUGCUAGAAAACUUGGUCCUUAAUAGUGUUGUCUGCUUUGCUGGUUUAAAAUCUCUUACCAUCCAGAGUUGUAGCGGCAGUGUAUGGCAAGGAGGAUGUGCUGCUGAUAGUGAUCUACUACCAAACCUAGAGGAACUUUAUCUCGAACAUCUGAAUUACGGAAAAAGCAUUUCAGAACUGUUUGGCCAUCUUCGGUUGAGAUUUCUUAGACUAAAAUUAAUACAAGUGUUGUCGUGUUCUCAAAUGGAAUAUCUUUUUUCCUGUGGUUGCCUGCCAAAAUUAGAAGUAAUUGAGGUACGGGGCUGUGACAGGUUAGGUGAGCUCUUUAUUUAUGAUUCCGUGCAAUAUAUCGCUCCAAAUCCUGUUGUUCCAAGCCUACGGAUAUUGGAAUUGGAUUGUCUUCCUGAAUUAAGGACUCUUUGCCGAGACGAAGAGAUAUGGCCACAUCUAGAGCAGGUUCAUGUGUUCAAGUGCAAUCUAGUUAGGAAGCUGCCUCUUACCGACCAAAAUGCAGAAAACAUGAAAGAAAUAGAAGGAGAAUCACAAUGGUGGAAUACGUUGAAGUGGCAUGCCGACACAACCAAAUCAAGUUUGCUGUCGUAUUUCCAUCCAAUUCAAAGAGAACCCCGGGCAAUGAGUGUAUGGGAUAGUGGGAGAAGUAUCGUAUAGUGCUUUUAAAGUUGUGAAUGGGUGAGGUGUUCCAUAUUGUUUGUUUGUUUGUUUUUUUUCUUUCUUUUUUUUCUUUUUUGCAUAUGAGUCUGUAUUAUGUUUGUGUGUAUAAAGUU